CUUGGCCAGGGUAUACUUUAUAGGUGAGUAACUGAGCUAGUGAUGAACCUGAAGCAGGUUUCGGUUAAUUAUCCUUAACUAUCAGUUUUCCCUUUAACUGUGAUCUAGGCUUAAUCGAGAUACACUUAACUAAGUCUAAAGCUUGUCGAAUUUCUCCAUGUGUCAUGGUCGUGGGCGUUUGGUAAUUAAUGUCCUAGCUAGUUAAUACUAGCAACUUAAACAAUCGAAUGGUUAAUUGAAAUUCCUGUUACUUAAUAUGAUAUAUGAAUUGAUUGGUGGAGUUUUCCGCAUUAAUAAUGAUUAUUUUGGCAGUAGCGUAAAACUAAGAAGUAUUAGGUUCAGAUGUCAUUUCGGCUUCGCUUUUAGUUGUCGGAUGGUAUCUCUAGCCCUCACACAGUGUGACUCAAAACUGAUUGUGUAAACCUUUGUCCCUAAAUGGACUACGUUUAUCAGCACCAUAGUAAAAGUAAUGUGUAAUUCACUAUUCAUGUGCUAAGAAUUCCAUAUUGUACCAAACAUGCAAUAUUAAAUCAAGCCACUAUCAUUAUUAUCAUUGAGAACUUAUAUUUAUGCGAAGUUAUAACCGCACAUGAGCUUUCUACACAAUAUACUAAAAGAUGAAUCUACCUCAUUACCUUUUUCUCAUAUUUCUGUUUAGUUACUGUAAACCAGUUAUUACGACAUACAUCACAACAGAGCCUCGCACAAAAGCAUACCAUCUUAAGCUUCCACAUUAAGCAGUUUGGAAUAGAAAAAGUUAUAUUUGUAUAUUUAUAUACUGUCUUUUCCCCCAGUACGUAGAUGUGGCCGCUUAUUCUUCAGUUCAUACGUACCAAUGUUCGAUAUGUGGCGUUGCCAUUCGCUGUUCUUGUUGGUUCCAUUGGAUUCAAUGCAGAAAGUUGGUUUCGUAGUCAAGAAGCAAUAUCUAGUUCAAUGCAUAAUCCUAAACAAACCACCUCAGAAGCUCGCCGAAAACGUCAACUAACGAAAGACUUAAAUACUCCUGUGAAUGAUUUGUCUGUUACCUUUGAGAGUGAACUUCGUUAUCAUAGUGAUCCUAUUUUUAAUAAAAACAAGUGA